AUGGCCAAGAUCAGCUGCUUCUCUGCGCUGCUGGUCAGGAAGAAGAAGAAGAAGACGGCCAAGGUAAUGCAGGAUCGACUACUUUCCCCUCUCUUCCCUUUGUAAGGGGUCAUUGUGGCAGCGCAUAUUUCCUGCAGAUUAACCCGGUUUCUUCUCCCUUAGGAUGCUCCAAAGGUGGUGGAAAAUGCCAAGAAUGGAAUCCUGCAGCUGAGGUUGGAGAGCCUGGUCCACCCUUCUGAUGAUAUCAGAGCAAAGGAGGCGGCCCAUGAUUCCAAAAUUCUUGGAGAUGAUCAAUUGGAUGGCAUGGAGGGGGCAUAUGAAGGUGGCGAUGAGCAUGACGAUGCCUCAUCGAUGAGGAGAGAUUUCUCCGACUUUGAUCUCCAGGCAAAGACUGCAGCAGGGCAGGGAGAGGACGCGGGAGCAAAUGGAGGCUGCCUGGAUGAGAAGCCCGAGGGAGAGGGAGGGGUUGCUGCCGAUGCGGUGAUCCUGAGUGGGCACAUCAGCGACCCGGGUGUCGGGCAAAAAUCAGAUCUUUGUGGGUCGCCAAGGCUGAAGCGGUCGUGCUCCAACAUAGAGACCCGGGCGGCUGCCGCCUGCCUGCCGCUGCUCUCCCCGUCGAAGUCCCUCUCGUACAAAGACCUCCAAGCUCUGUUGGGAAAUGGGGUUGGAAGUGUCUCUCAUGAAUUCAAUGGCAGCCCCUUGUCGGUGAUCACUUCCUGCAGUGCUGACCGAGUGAUUCUGAAGAAGAAGUCGUCGAGCCAGGUGCUGCCGUCCAGGAGCCGGAAGCUGUGGUGGCGGCUGUUCUUGUGGAGCCAUCGGAACCUCCACAGCUCCUGGAAUUCUUCCGCCCAGAAAAGAAUUCCAACCCCUUAUGAUGGUUUUAACAGCCGGAAAGGUGGCUACUCUUCGGACACGCUCGAGCCAGGCCAUGGCAACGAGGGUCAGGAAGCUGCGGCCGGGUGUGGCCGGAGCCAGUGGGUUGCUUUCUCCAUGGAGUCCUCCUCCUCCUCCUCCCCUCUUGAUAGGGUCAACGCUUGGGUCAACAGCCUUGAGGACAAUCCAUGUUCUUCGGUUGACUUUUAUGCAGCAGAGACUCCUGCCUUCCCCGACUCUCCCGAUGAUGGGGAGCAGGCCAGGAAGAACAGCCAGCAGCACCAGAGUGGCCGGCGGCAGGCGGAGGAGGUCUUCAGGGCCAACCACAUCAUCCAGUCUCUGAAUCCCCUUUCGACAGUGGCCCACAUUUCCGGCAUGGGCCUGCAUGUCGUCCCCACCAUCUCCGCCUUCACCAGCCUCCGAGCCGUCAAUCUCUCGAACAACUCCAUAGGUGGAUAAUCUUUUCGAUCGCCAUUAUCAGAACAACUCCAUAGGUGGAUAAUCUCUUCUAGCCUCUCAUGCUGCGUUAAUUUUCAGCUCAUAUCAACCCAGGAGCAUUGCCGAAGAGCCUCCACGCCCUUGACUUGUCGAGGAACAGGAUCACGACGAUCGAGGGCCUUAGGGACCUCACCCGUCUCCGGGUUCUCAAUCUCAGCUACAACAAGAUCUCCCGGAUCGGCCAUGGUGAGAGAACGAUCACCCUCAUCGACAGACUCUCUUUCUCUCUCUCUCUCUCUCUCCUCUCUCUCGUCUGUGAAUGGAGAUGAAUGGAUUUUAAGUCUGUUCUUCCCAUAUUUAAACAUCCCAUCGCGUCAGGGUUGUCCAACUGCACCCUCAUCAAGGAGCUGUACCUGGCCGGGAACAAGAUCAGCAACGUGGAGGGCCUCCACAGGCUUCUGAAACUCGCGGUGCUGGACCUGAGCUUCAACAAGGUGACCACAGCCAAGGCAUUGGGCCAGCUCGUCGCCAACUACAACACCCUCCUGGUCCUGAACCUGCUGGGGAACCCGGUCCAGAGCAACAUCGGAGACGACCAGCUCCGCAAGGUGGUCGCAGGGCUCCUCCCGCAGUUGGCUUACCUGAACAAGCAGCCCAUCAAACCACAGAGGGCCAGGGAGGGCGCCGCCGAUACCAUAGCCAAAGCCGCCCUCGGCAACAACACCGCGUUGAGAAGACCCACGCGGCGGGCCAGCCAGGGCGGCGCUGCUGCUACCUCUUCGGCCAGCAGGGGCCGUCCGGUUGGCGGCGCCGCCGUCGGGCACAGAACUAGGCGGCACGGGGGGAAGCCCAAGCUGCCAACCUCUGCAGGGCGAAGGUAG